CUUACUCACCCUCUCACUCAGGCGCGCACACUGUCGGCGCCCGGUCGCUGCUGUCGAUCCUUUCUGCCGGACCCUGAAGAUGGAGACGGAGAGUUGUCUGCCGUUCUCCCCGCAGAGCAGCAGGAGAACGCCAGAAAACUCUCCGGGACUGGAACACGGGGUCUCUGGCUCCUUUCUCCCCUGCGAUGAGUUGCAGAAGCCUUCGCACCUCCCUCCUCUUCCUCACCGUCUGAGCCUGCGCGGGGACCUGUACGCCGCCGCCAUGGGGAGAUUUGGUGACGCUGCCGGGGACUUUACGCACGGCGCUGCGCCGGCGAACCCGCCGGUAUCACCGAGUAAACACAGCAAGUUCAUGGACAGUUUAAACCAGGAGCAGAAGGGCAAGCCGGCGUUUUAUGAGAACAACUCCGAAGUCAGAGACAAAGGAGCCCCCAAAGCCCUGAGCUACGCUGGGAUGGGCACAGACUGCUGUGGGAAGCUGAAGGAGCCCAGCAGCGGCUUACCAGUGGACUCCAUCGCCGACUCCAUCGACCUGUCGGGCAAGAACAAGAAGCGGCGCAACCGCACCACGUUCAGCACCUUUCAGCUGGAGGAGCUGGAGAAGGUGUUCCAGAAGACCCACUACCCCGACGUGUACGCCCGCGAGCAGCUGGCGCUGAGGACCGAGCUCACGGAGGCGCGGGUCCAGGUCUGGUUCCAGAACCGCCGGGCCAAGUGGAGGAAGCGCGAGCGCUACGGGAAAAUCCAGGAGGUCCGCAACCACUUCGCCGCUACGUAUGACAUCUCGCUUCUGCCCCGCCAUGACAGCUACCAGAUGCAGAGCAACCUGUGGCCCGGGGCGGCGUCGGGCCCGAGCGGGGGCUCGGGGGCCGCUUGUGUCCUGGGGCCUGACUCCAUCCCCUCGUCCUGCAUGAGUCCGUACUCCCACCCCCACAGCAACCUGCAGGGCUUCAUGGGCAUGCCCACGUCCUCCGGACACCCCCACCACCACCACCACCACCACCCGUCGCACCACCCCGGCAUCAAUGGCCUCUACUCGCUCCACAGCUUCCCCGGGGGCCUCGGGUCUCACUCAAUCGAAGGGCCCGACGCCGAGUACAAGCCAACGGGCCUGGUGGCGCUGCGGAUGAAAGCCAAGGAGCCGGGCAGCAUCCUCUCCUGGCCCACAUGACCACAACCAGCUGCCCGUCAUGCACUGAAUGAGCCAGAGUAUAAUCCAUUUCUGAACCGUACGCGGACCCGUCCGUCUCAGCGUCCGACUCCAACGUUUCCUCUAAACUAAGCCAACGCUGAGGCUUUUUACAGUUCAGAGGAUCAGGUCGACUUGAGCUUCGUGCACGAAAUCCGACACAUUAAUGAGAACGUUGUGGUUCCUUGUUUAUGUUUGAUAUCGCAUUGCUGAGACAAAAGAGGAAUGGUUAUUUAAGCAUGUAAAAAAUGUAAUUAUCAUAUCAGUUUGUGUUGUAUGUGAAUGUGUGUUGUGCUUUGCAGUCUGUCCAGUAAUAAAGGCAUCCAUCUAGUUCA